AUGCUUUGUCCAUUCUUGCUCUAUCAACUUCACUGUCCUUCUUCCGAUCACCUCCUCUCUGCAUAUGGUCUUGCACGAAUCCCCAUGCCACUUUUGCAGAGCUCUUUGGAAACGCCUCCUUCCCAACUCGUCAGUUCGUCACUCCGCUUUGCUUUCCCGUACAACAAAUCAAUGUCUUCCUUCUGCUUCUACAGUGAUGUCCUCUCCCCACCAGUUGGCUACGAUUGUACUUGGUGGGAGACAAAUGGUUCCCUCCUUUCCCCCACCAUAAUCCCUCAACGAAACCCUAAAAGUUUCCUCGCUGCUGGUCGACACGGAACCAGAACCUGA